GCAGCCGCAGAGAGAGCGCAGUGCCGGUGUCCGGUUCGGUUCUCGGUGCUGCUGACCUCUCCCUGUCCGCUUCUGGAUCUGGGAUGUAUAUUCUAGUAGUUUGGCAUUGAUUUAAUACGCUGUCGUAGAUUAGUGCAGUGGACGCAGAAGUGAUCGUAAAAGGUCUCCUGACCUCCAUCACAGCAUGUCCACCAUGGUUUACCCCCAUGAGGAGAAACUGACACAGGAGCAGAUCAUCUCCAGCACAAAACUGGUGAUUCAGGGUCUGGAAGCUCUCAAGAGCGAGCACAACUCCAUCCUGGAGAGUCUGGUGGAGACCAUCCAGUGCUUAAAGAAAGAUGAGGAGGCCAGUUUGGUUCAUGAGAAGUCCAGCCUGCUGCGCAAGUCUGUGGAGAUGAUUGAGCUGGGCCUGGGUGAAGCGCAGGUGAUGAUGGCCCUGUCCAACCACCUGAACGCAGUGGAGUCAGAGAAGCAGAAGCUGCGUGCUCAGGUGCGACGGCUCUGUCAGGAGAACCAGUGGCUGAGAGAUGAGCUAGCCAACACCCAGCAGAAGCUGCAGAAGAGCGAACAGAGCGUCGCACAGCUGGAGGAGGAGAAGAAACAUCUGGAGUUCAUGAACCAGCUCAAGAAAUAUGAUGAUGGUGUCUCACCAGAGGAAGAGAAAAAUAGUGAGACUCCCAGAGAUGCCCUGGACGAUUUGUUUCCCAAUGAUGAAGAUGACCAGGUCUCCCACCAGCACAACAGUGCCGCGCUUGCUGCCGCUCAGCAGGGAGGGUAUGAGAUCCCAGCCCGCCUCCGGACCCUCCAUAACCUGGUGAUCCAGUACGCCGCUCAGGGACGCUACGAGGUGGCCGUGCCUCUCUGCAAACAGGCUCUGGAGGACCUGGAGAAAACCUCUGGACAUGACCACCCCGAUGUGGCCACCAUGCUCAACAUCCUGGCUCUGGUCUACAGGGACCAGAAUAAAUACAAGGAAGCUGCUCAUCUCCUUAAUGAUGCCCUGUCGAUCAGAGAAAAAACCCUGGGCAAUGACCACCCAGCCGUGGCAGCCACCCUCAACAACCUGGCGGUCCUGUACGGAAAGAGAGGGAAAUACAAGGAAGCAGAACCGCUGUGCAAGAGAGCCUUGGAGAUCAGAGAGAAGGUGUUGGGGCGGGAGCACCCAGACGUGGCCAAGCAGCUCAAUAAUCUGGCUCUGCUCUGUCAGAAUCAGGGGAAGUAUGAGGAGGUGGAGUAUUAUUACUGCAGGGCUCUAGAUAUCUACGAGAAGAAACUGGGACCUGACGACCCCAAUGUUGCCAAGACCAAAAACAACCUGGCCUCAUGCUAUCUGAAACAGGGCAAGUACAAGGAAGCUGAGAUCCUGUAUAAAGAGAUCCUGACGCGCGCCCAUGAGAAAGAGUUUGGAUCUGUAGAUGCUGAAAAUAAACCCAUCUGGAUGCAUGCUGAAGAAAGACAAGAGAGCAAAGGAAAGUUGGCCGAUGGGAAUCAUUAUGGGGAAUACGGCGGCUGGUACAAAGCCUGCAAGCUGAACAGCCCCACGGUGAACACCACGCUGAGGAACCUGGGCGCUCUGUACCGUAAGCAGGGGAAAAUAGAGGCGGCUGAGACCCUGGAGGAGUGUGCCUUGAGGUCCCGCAGACAGGGAGCGGCAGUGGAUCCUCAGAGAGAUGGAGAGAGGCGCAGGAGCACCGCAUCAGUCUCCAGUGUGAAGUACGACUGCAGUGAUGCUGGAGAAGAGGGCGGUGUGGAGUGGAACGGGGACGGGUCUCUCAGGAGAAGCGGCUCUUUCGGGAAGCUCAGGGAAGUCCUGCGCAGAAGCAGCGAGAUGCUGGUGAAGAAGAUCCAAGGAACCAUGCCACCAGAGCCUCGCAACACAAACUUGAAGAGAGCGGCGUCCCUCGGUUACCUGAACAGUAACGCAGAUGACCACGACUCUUUUCAGGGUUCAGGAGCAGCAAGGACGUUGAGAAACAGCAGGCCUCUGAGCUCAAGCACAGUGGAGCUGUACCAAAGCACAGAACAAUGAAAAACACAUACAGCACAUGUUCGGACUCAUUUCUCACGCCGUUUGCAAGAGGAUUUGGUUCAUGUGCUUUCAAUCAUGAACGCUUUUGGCUUUACAUUCUCUCACACUCAUAUAAAUCAUGCCUGUUUCUUUUUCUUCAAGGUAUAGUCAGUCCAUCCAGAAAUGAAAACUCAUCAUUUACUCAUUCUCAUGUGGACCACAAAAACUAAUUUAACUAACAGCUCUUUUUCCAUAUAAUAAAAGUGAAUGGAGGAUGGGUUCGACAAACUCCAAAAACAAGAAAAAGCUCCAUAGAAGAACCUACUUGUACACUAAAUUCUUCCCAAGUCACAGUAUAUGGAAGCAUGUUUCCGCCAGGGGAUAAAAAAAAAAAGUAAUUGCAACUUUUUUUUUUUACUGCAAAUCAGAGUUUAUAUCUCACGAUUCUUAGAAAAAAGGUCAGAACUGUGCAGCUUUCGCGAGGUAUAUUCUCGCAAAGUUAUAGCUCACAAUUAUGUGGAAAAAGGUCUGAUUUGCAUUAUGUAAAUUCAUAAUUUGGCAGAUAAAAGGUCACAAUUAACUUUGGAGAAAAAAAAAAAACAAGUAGAACUGCAAGAAUUAAAAAAAAAAGUCAGAAUUGCGAGAUUUAAACGAAUUACGAGACAAAAACUUACUUCUACUAUAACUACUAUUACUACUACUCUACAGCCCUACAAAGCAAAAAGGCAGUAACUACGCAGAGUGCAGAACUGAGAAAAAUGACUUAAAAGUUAUCCUAUCAUCUGUUUAUCAUCUGUUUACUGUACAAACAACUACCAUUUUUCUCCAAAACGACACACAUUUCCGAUAAGAUGUUUUGUCACAUAACAAAGGAUUCCUUGAAUGUCAUGAAAAUGACAAUAACAAAUUUUUGACCAAAAAUUGCUUUGUAGGGCAGUAUACUAUACUAAUACUACUACUACUAACUUGCAAAUCUGAGAAAAAAAUCCGAAUUGUGAGAUAUAAACUUGCAAUGUUGCAGUUACCUUCUUUUUUUUGGUGACAGACACAAGCUUACAUCCGAAAAUGUAUGUUUUGAAUGAGGGUGAAGAAAUUAAUUGCUAAUCGUUCCCUCUGCCGCAGAUCCAACAGCUCCUGAAUAUGUGGUAGUGUCUGUGUGGAAGAAGACUGUUAUAGUGCCUUUUAGUCAUGAUAUCCUUUCAUUGUAUGUAAAAGAGCAGCUUGGACAUUUUGCUAAACAUCUGCAUUUGCAAAUAAAGAAAGUUAUACUAGUUUAGAAAAACGGA